AUGAGAAGCGUAUGCAUUCUAUCGCUGGGCAUCUCUCAUUAUAUGAGACUGGUUUACGGUACCAUUGAAGUGGUACCAGCACCAGCGGGAGAACAAUCUUACAACUGCUUGGUAAAGGAGAAGAUGCCCGUCUCUAUUGUCAAGAAGCUGAUCACCAAGGCUCCCGAGUAUCUUGCCUACUUCAAGUACGACAACGGUAUCAGUAUUGAGAAACUAGACUGUGUGAAUAAGAAGAGCAGUAGUCACACCUUAUUCAAACGGUAG